AUGGAUGAAACUUACGAUGCUGUAAUUCUUGGCACUGGUGUGUCUGAAUGUGUUCUUUCUGCUUUGCUCUCCGUGGAGGGCAAGAAGGUGUUGCACAUUGAUCGUAAUGACUACUAUGGUGCUGAAUGCGCUUCAUUGACUCUCUCGCAAUUAUAUAACAAGUUCCGCCCAGGCGAGGCCGUGCCGGACAGUAUUGGCCGUGAUCGUGACUAUGCCAUUGACAUGAUUCCCAAGUUCAUGAUGGCCAAUGGCGAAAUUGUAAACAUGCUUGUACAUACUGAUGUUACUCGUUACCUGGAAUUCAAGCAAAUCGCAGCCAGCUACGUGUACCGUGACAAGCGCAUUGCUAAGGUUCCGAGCACAGAGAUGGAGGCUGUGCGUUCGCCGCUGAUGGGCCUGUUUGAGAAGCGCCGUGCAAAGCGUUUCUUCGAAUUUUUGCAGAAGUGGCGUGACAACGAUGCCUCGACGCACCAAGGCAUAGAUCUCGACUCGUGGCCUAUGGAAAAGGUGUUUGCGCAUUUUGGCCUUGAGCCCGGAACAAGGGACUUUAUCGGCCAUGCCAUGGCUUUGCACCUGGAUGAUUCGUACAUGCAGCGCCCGGCGCGCGAGACCUACGAGCGUAUCCUGCUGUACAUGUCGUCCAUGGCGCGCUACGGCAAAUCGCCUUACAUUUAUCCACUGUAUGGCCUAGGUGAACUUCCCCAAGGUUUUGCUCGUCUUUCUGCUAUUUACGGUGGCACUUACAUGCUGGACAAGCCAGUAGAUGAGGUGGUUGUCGAUGAGCAAGGCAGCUUUGUGGGUGUGCGCAGUGGCGACGAAACCGUGAAGGCCAAAUUGGUAAUCGGUGAUCCCAGCUACUUCCGCUCGGUCGGUGGCAAGUCGCUUGUCCGUGAGACUGCCAAGGUGGUUCGUGCCAUCUGCCUGCUCAAGCACCCUAUCCCCAACACCGACAACUCUGACUCUGUACAGUUGAUCAUUCCGCAAAAUCAGGUGGGUCGCAAGCAUGACAUCUACAUUGCCGAAGUCUCAUCAGCGCACAAUGUUUGUGCUAAGGGUAUCUAUGUGGCGCAAGUGUCAACGGUCGUGGAGACCGACAAGCCAGAAUUGGAGCUCCGCCCCGGUUUAGAGCUCUUGGGUGAAAUUCAUGACAAGUUUAUCACGAUUUCUAACCUGGAGGAACCUUUGGAGUCAGGUAAGGACUCGAACAUCUUCAUUACGCGCUCCUACGACCCUACCUCACACUUCGAGACGGUGGUGGAAGACGUUCAUAAUGUCUGGCGUCGCAUGACAGGAAAGCCCCUGGUGCUGAAGAAGCGCGAGAGCAACGAGGAUGCGCAGGUACAGGCUUAA